UAAAAAAAGAGAAAAUUUUCAAGAACUCGUCUCAGUCGCUUUACCAGCUUAUUUCUGAAAAGCAACUCUUCACCUUUCAAAUCCCGUCCUCGGUGUAUCUUUGUAUUUUCAUCUCAACACUUCUUGACCUUCUCCACCCCACGGUCCCCAACACACACACACAUUCACACACUCGCACAUUCUUCCCAGAAACUAGGGUUUCAGGUCCAUCUAUGGAUUGCUCGAACUCGAUUGGGAGCUCCGAUUCACCAUACGAGCUUUUGCUCAGGGCGCUCUCUCUCAUACCCAUAUCUCACUACGUUUUAGGGUUUCUAUGCAUUUUUCUCGCAUUCGUCUAUUACUUUCUUGAAAUGCACAUUCUUCAAGAUAUAUUCACGGGCUUUAGAGGACAACCCGUCUCAUUGACCUUCAAUUCUUGCUCUGAGGUGUAUCAAGAAGUCGCUUCCAAGUGUCCAAUUCUUCACGGAAGGUAUAUGGCUACACCAUGGCUCGCUAGUCCGCAUCUUCAGACUGCUUUUCUGAGCUUCUUUGGCAGGCCUCCUGUUUUCAGCUAUAGGAGGCAACUAUUUCAUACAUCUGAUGGUGGAACAAUAGCUUUGGAUUGGCUGAUGAAUUCUGAUGUUCCUGAAUCUGCAUUGCAAGUGAGCAGGGCAUUAUUUAAAAAGGAUAAAACCCCUAUUAUAAUAGUGAUUCCUGGCUUAACAAGCGAUUCUGCUUCUGCUUACAUUAAGCAUUUAGCUUUCAAGAUGGCGCAAAAUGGCUGGAAUGUUGUUGUGAGCAAUCAUCGGGGACUUGGCGGCAUAUCAAUAACGUCUGAUUGCUUCUAUAAUGCUGGCUGGACGGAUGAUAUACGUAAAGUCAUUGACCAUAUUCAUUGCCUAUACUCAGAAGCUCCUCUAUUUGCUGUAGGAACUAGCAUCGGUGCCAAUAUUCUGGUAAAAUAUCUUGGCGAGGAUGGGAUUAAUAUUCCUAUUGUUGGGGCUGCUGCUAUAUGUUCUCCUUGGGACCUAUUGGUAUGUGACAGAUUCAUUAAUCGCAGGCUUGUACAGAAGUUUUAUGACAAAGUUCUAACUAUUGGCUUAAAAGGUUAUGCCCACUUGCACCAGUCCAUCUUAUCUCGUCUUGCAGACUGGGAAGGCAUUAUAAAGUCACGUUCAGUUCGAGACUUUGACACUUACGCCACUUGCCUUGUUGGAAAUUUUGAGACAGUGGAUACAUUCUACAGGCAUUGUAGCAGUGCUGGUUUUGUGGGAAACGUAAUGGUGCCGCUACUCUGCAUCAGUGCCUUAGACGAUCCAGUCUGUACAAUGGAGGCCAUUCCUUGGGAUGAAUGCAGGUUGAACAAGAAUAUCAUCCUAGCUACCACAUCUCAUGGAGGACACCUAGCAUAUUUCGAGGGGACAACUGCCAAGAGCCUGUGGUGGGUUAGGGCUGUUGAUGAAUUCCUGAGUGUUGUACAUUCUAGUUCGUUAAUCCACCCAAAAAAGGAGAUGCAAAUUCCCUCCUCUGUGGGUCCUCUAGAAUCUUCAAUUGAUCAAGUUCCGUAUGUAAAUGUCAUGAAUGAUGGGAUGGUGACAGCACUGGGUAAUGGGCAAACAAUGAGUUUAGAAGACAUACCCAAUGAGCAUAUGGUUCAGCGGGAACAGGACGAUAUGUUUUUAGCUACACGAACGAACAAUCAUACGACAGGAGAAGAAAAGCAUUCGAGGGGUGACACUGCUCAGCCCCCCAAACAAGAUAUUGACAGUGCAGUUGCUCCUAUUAGAAGAUGCGUGGACCUUCUUUCACAACAGAGUAGCAAAUCGAUAUGGCUGCUUGUGUACAUUGCCAUCAUAACGACUUGGCCGCUUGUUGGUUCAGCUCUUCUGAUGUUCUUAAAGAAGAAGUUCAGAAAUGGGUUCCCAACAAUGAUGCAGACAAGGUAGUAUUCAUUGCUGUAUAGCUUUAAAUGCAAAGCAAAUACAGACGAUGAGUCCACUGUUUCUUGCUGAUGGAAAAAAGGAGAUCAUUCGUCGAAGGGCCUCAGGGACCACUAAAAUCUAUAUAAUUGGAUGUGCAUCAAAUUAUUGGAAUAAAAUGAAUUCGGAACCUCUUGUUAUACCGUUGGAUAUUAAUCGUGAUUAAUUAAUACAGAACAGUGUUAUCAAAUAAUUAAUACCAUAUAGUUUUGCUAAACCAAUUAUCAGUUUGUGUGAACAUUUUGUUUGUAAUUUGUAAACGCACGUGUUGUGCAUCUGCAUAUGAACAAAUACCAUACAGUUUUAGACAAACAUUUUUAGACAAAAGGAUGGAUUGCGUAGUA